AAACUCUUCAACUUUAUAUAUUAGUAUAUAUAGAUUCGGGUUGGGUCUAAAACUGGUCGGGCAAUCUCGAUAAAUACGUUUUUAAACUGUUUUAAUUGAAAUAACCUCUGAAUUUUCUCUAUAUAAGAGUAGUCUGUGACUAAUGCAUGGCUGCGUGUAACGGUAGCCAUGUUCAUUGGAAAUCAUCGAGUGAGCCAGAUAACACCAAUUUAUAUACCAAGAUGAAAUUAUUCUCCCUAAUAGUAGGCGUGGCUCUCGCAGGGGUAGUUCGCGCCAGCCAAUCAGAGGACGCCAGCAACGAGAACCAGCCAAUGGAAUCCCAAGAAAAUGACGCGGGAGUGAGACAGAUAGAUGUUCCCGAGGUCGUUUUACAGUUGAAGUAUAAUAGGGGAGAGUUGAAUAGGAUAUAUUUGACGCAGUUCAGAAAGGACGUGAAGGCUUGGGCGCCCUCAGUGACGGCUCGAAGCAACCUGUGUGCGGACCUCUGCCACGCAGGACUGGGUGGCGAGGCGUGUGGAUCGACCUGCUCCCAGCUGAUACCGGUGGGACUCCAGUCAGCUCUGGAGGAGACGAACCAGACGGCUGUAGUGUACGGACAUCCCCGCUCAUCCGUCUGUCCUGCGCUGUGCUCAAACCAGCUUGGUGAACCACUCUGUAACUGUGCCAAAUCGGAGGAAGAACAUGAAGUGGACUGGAGCGCUGUCUGCACCGCCUUCUGCUAUGAUGGAUAUGUUCUUAACGGAUGCCCAACCUGCGACCCAUCUUCCACCGAGACACCAGCUAUUUACAAAGCUCGCAUACUCACAACCUAUGAGGGUUGGGCGGCGUGGUGCGACGUGCAGUGCAGGCAAGGACAGGGCGGAGCAGCCUGCAACUGUUCCCGUACACCUUUCCAGUAAUG